CCUAUCAACAUUCGAAUUUUUUUUCUCUUUCAAUCCAGAAGAGUUUUUUUUUGCGUUUAAUUUUUUUUCGCUCAAUAUCUUUGGGAUUUUUUUUUGAUUCGUCGUUAUUGCUAUUCAGCAAUCAUCAGUCGUUUUCAUCACAAGUGAAUAAAUUUAAAAAACAAAAAAAAAUAGUAGAAAAAAUGAGCGAUUUAAAUACAAGCAAAUAUUUAAAAGUAGUUGCUGCGGUUGUUAUACCGAAUAUUGGCGGUUGGUUGGGAAGUGUAAUAACGCGAAACAAUUUAAAACCGUGGUUCGCUUCAUUAAAUAAACCAAAAUGGAAUCCACCGAAUUAUGUAUUUGCACCUGCCUGGACCAGCAUUUAUUGCGGCAUCGGUUAUGCAUCCUAUCUAGUUUUUGACGAAUUACUGUCAACCGGCAGAGGAUUCGAUCGCACUGCUCAAGUCGCAUUAGCAUUAUAUGCCAAUCAAAUGGCAUUGAAUUGGGCAUGGACACCGAUAUUUUUCAAAUAUCACUCUUUAAAAUGGAGUGCCAUUGAAAUAGUAGCGCUAACGGCAUCGGCUGCAGCAUGCGGCUACGCAUUUGGACGUAUCAAUCAAGUGGCUGGUCUUCUUUUCGUUCCGUACGUUGGCUGGUUGGCAUUUGCUACAUAUUUGAAUGUGUCGAUCUACAAGAAGAACCCUGACCAAAAGGCAAUCGCUAACAAAAGUGCUGCUGCUGCAACCAAGUCGGACUGACUUCCAUCGCAAACAUACCGAACCCAACAAUAAAAACCAGAAAUGAUUCCAUUUACAACAACGAAAAUGGUCAAAUUUGUUUAAUUGCCCAAAUAUUCGGAGAGCAAAAAAAUAUCCCGAGGCUCAUGUAUUACUUAUGCAUUUCAAUGAAUCGCUGGAAUAUUUAACGUUUGCCAAAUGAAAUUGUAUUUCGAUAUUCUCGAUAAUAAACAGCACAAUAUGAAUAAUUUAUAGAAUUCAAA